AUGGAACUGAAAUAUGACCCUAUAUUUUCAGAAUCGGCAAGUUAUUCAAGCAGUUUUCCGAUCCCACAAUCAGCGUCCUUCUUACAAAACGAUCCAAAAGCUACAGUGGUAUUAUUGGGUACAGUCCACUUUAGUAAAAAAUCUGUCGAAGAGGUUUCCGAAAUAGUAAAUGUUUUAAAACCAAAUGCAAUACUAGUUGAAUUAUGUCGUCAGAGGGUAUCACUAUUAGAAUUAGAUGAUAAGAAAUUUUUAGAAGAUGCUAAAAACUUUGAUUCUAGAAAAUUAAAAGAAGCAGCUAAAGGUCAAAAUUUCGUCUCUGGUAUGUUACAUGCAAUGUUACUCAAGACGUAUGCGGACAUUGCUAAGGAGUUGGGCGUAGCACCGGGAGGAGAGUUUAGAAGGGCAUAUCAUGAGAUGAAAAAAAUACCCGGUUGUAAGUUGUUUCUCGGCGACCGACCCAUCCAAAUAACCAUCGCGAGGGCGUUUCAGUCGUUGAGUGUUUAUGAACUGGGUCAAGUGUUAUAUCACCUCACCACUGCGAAUCCAAAACCUUUGGACAAGCAGCAGUUAGAAAGGUACAAAGAUAAGGAUUUUGUUCAGGCGCAGUUCGAGGAGAUCACGCGAGAUGUGCCUGCCUUCAAGAAAAUAUUCCACGUGUUCGUCGACGAACGAGACAAGUGUUUAGCGUAUUCGAUACAGGAAUGUGUUCGGACGGUUCAAAAACCGCGCGUACUGGCCGUGGUGGGAAUGGGUCACGUAGAUGGUAUUGCAAAAUAUUAUGGCAAAAUGAGCCAAGAAGACAUUGUACCACUAUUACUCUUGCCGCAGCGGCCAAUGUACUCCAUACUAUUAAGGAAAGGACUUAAACUAACAUUUUACUUUUUGAUAUUUUCCUUUUUCUACAGACUUAUAUUUGGAUAAAAUAAAUAAAUAAAACUAAACAUUAUAUUUUUUGUCUUUAUACCUACCUAGAGAUUUUUAAACAUUUUAACUAUACGUUUAUUAAACAUGAUUUACCUAGAGAUUUUUAAACAUUUUAACUAUACGUUUAUUAAACAUGAUUUAAUUUAUUUGACAUGAGACUGUGGGACUUAUAAAAAGGCCCAUUUUCCAUCUGGCGGAGAUUUCCUGCUGAGCGGAAGAUAGAGACAGAAAAAAAUUGUUAGUUUCAACUUCAAGUGUCUAAAUGAAAAUACAACUCACAUUAUGCUCAUAAUCGAUAUUAGGGUGAACAGCGCCACAAGUAGUUAACUGGUAGAUACAAUUUAAUGGCACUCCCAAAGACGUAAAGUUAUAUUCGUAAAUAUCUGCGGCAAUCGUGUUUUAGUUAAGUAUCUAAUUAUUUUUUUG